AUGCCUCCCGCCAAACGAGUAAAAAGUCGCGCGGAUUCUCGGCCGAAUGCUGGGUCAUCGAAACGACCGACUGCUGAGGAUUUGGAAGGAGAAAGCGAGUUCGCGAGUCUGGCACGGCAGCAUUGGCUUAAGACACCGAAGCAGGCAUCCAAAACCAGCAAGGCGAAGUCCAAAGUCAAGGUCAAGAACGAUGUGCUCAAGCGGGAAAUAUGGGAUGUUCUAGAGAAGGAGAACUUCCCAUUAAAGUCUCUGUUGGUACUGGAGGGGCUGCAGACGUUGGAGAGCUAUCUAUGGCCUGGUUAUGGAGAGAGCUCCUCCAACUACCAUGUUCUCCUGAUCGUCCUCAUAGUCAACGCCAAGCAAAGGGAACGACUCGGGACUUGGGACGUCUUCGCCGACCGCCCUGUGGAUUUCUCGGAUCUCUUCCGCCGGGCUCUUUCCAUGACCCUCGACGGCUCGCUAUCCUGGACCGUCCGAACACAUGUUCUGCUCUUCGUCAUUCACGCAUUUCGGAGUCUAGACUGCGACAUUGUGCGCAAGGAGUGCGCCCCUUUGGUCUCCAUCUCGAUAUGGCAUAGCAUGUCAACCGAGGAGAAGCGGGUGGCAAUACUCGACGCCAACCCGCAAUUAAAGAAGGCUUGGAGGGCGUCUGCCAAGAGGUACGAUGCGGCUGACGAUGUCACGAAAGCUCGCCUGCGCUUCGAAAGGUCCUGGCUAUACACCUUGAUCCUGGACUUCCUAGCGCUGCUCUACGUUGAGAGCCCCAAAUCAGAACACGUCCUUUAUUGCGAACGGUUUGUCGAGUUCUUGACCGAUUUGCAAAGCCAGCUUCCAACCAGACGAUAUGUCAAUACGCUGCUCCAAGACAUGCACGUUCUUCCCGCCCUCAGUUUGUCACCAGUCUUCAACGAUGAGGCAAGCGGGCUAUUGCGAGAGCUAUGUUCUCUGUUUUCACACUACACCCGCUUUUCUGUCGACGACCACUCAGGCGCGCAGCUCAACCUGAAGGAGGCGUACGACAGGCACUGCGGCGCACUGGCCAAGCUGCAAAGGACGGCGCUGAAGCACUUCAAAGAGAAGUUGACACUCCUAGCACUAUCGAACUACGGUUCGAUCGACAAGAGAGCAGGUCUCGAAGGCCACCUUCAGUCAUUAACAGACGAAGAACUUGCACAGCUUACUGGUCACUUAGGCCUCCGGACAGCAUACCCGGAAUCUGCCAAAGUACCGGUGGAUCGCAAAUUCUUGAUGGAGGUCCUUCUAUGGACCUUCGAGCGGCAGAAAACUUUCCAGGAGGCCGCCCGCGAUUUGAGCAUCCUUCCCACCGAGGAAGCUCUGUUUGACAUUAGUCUCAGGAGGACAGACCACUAUGACGGAUCUCGGCCGCUUGCCUUGCCGAAACUCAAUCUGCAGUACCUCUCAGUUGGCGACUUCCUCUGGCGGGCCAUGAUCUUGUACCGGUGCGAGUCUUUCUAUGCUAUCGGCCAGGAUAUCGAGGAUGCGUUAACGAGGCUACGGCCCGAGAGCAAACGAGCAGGGGUAACAACCUUCUCGGGCUUCUCAAAGAUGGCUUUGCCAAUCGCCAAACCAACCAUCCUUGAGGUUGUCCCACCCCGGGUAGGGCAGGAUAAACCCUCGCUAGUGCGAGCCGAAGUGACCAUCGAUGUGAGGAGGCUGUCACCGCACGUACGGCAGGCCGAGAAGCUUGGCCUCGUUUCUGUUCGCGCCGCCGAAAUCAUACAGGUGCUUGACGACAAGGGACGGGCAAUUAGGGAUGCGCAGGCUUACUUCGAUGGCCAUAGCCGUGGUGAUGCGAGGAAACUUCAACUCCGACUAGACGCGGCGGCGUUUAAGGCCGACACCGAGAGCAAUCGGGAUGUCUACGAUGGAAUCAAUCUUCUGGUACGAAGAAGGGGCCGAGAGAACAACUUCAAGCCAGUGUUGGAGUCGAUCCGGGAUCUCACGCUUUCCGAGGUCCCGCUUGCCGCUUGGCUACACGAAGUCUUCCUGGGGUAUGGUGACCCAGCUGGUGCUACAUACAAGCACCUACCCAACCGCGUCAAAAAAAUCAACUUCCGGGAUACUUUCCUAGACUGGCAGCAUCUUAUUGAGAGCUUGCCCGGCAAAAUUAUCGAACCUAGUGACGACGUCUCUGGGAGUUUCGGUCCCCCGUACGUGCUGGAGACUGUCGAGAAGCAACCAGAGAAUGCUGUUUCCAAGCCUUCUAAGAAAAGAAGGCGAGACGCGGAGCCGGCCCUGAUUGCGGAGAUUGAGACUGUCAAUGUUUCAACAUACAAGCCGCCAAACAAUGGGCCUUAUCUGGUCGACGCCCCGAAGCUAAACAAGGUUCGAUUCACGCCAACCCAAAUCGAAGCGAUCGUCUCAGGGUCACAGCCGGGACUGACUGUCAUUGUUGGCCCACCCGGUACUGGUAAAACGGACGUCGCGACCCAGGUCAUCAACAACAUCUACCAUAACUUCCCUGAACAAAAGACUCUCCUCAUAGCCCACAGCAACCAGGCCCUCAACCAGCUGUUUGCCAAGAUCGUGGCCCUGGAUAUGGACGAGCGCCACCUUCUUCGACUGGGCCACGGAGAAGAGGAGCUGGAAACCGGAGCGAGCUUCAGCAAGCACGGCAGAGUCGAAUCAUUUCUUGAAAACCGCCAGCGUUUCCUCUUGGAAGUCAACCGUCUCGCCGCAAGCAUGGGUGCGCCGGGUGCUCAUGGUAACUCUGCCGAGACAGCCGGCUACUUCAACUCGGUCUAUGUUGAGCCGGCAUGGGCCAAGUUCCGCGGCGUCGCCGAGUCAGAAGAUACUGGCCCCGAAGAGAUUAUUCGGGCAUUUCCCUUCCACGCCUUUUUUGCGGAUGCUCCGCAGCCUCUUUUCCCCGUUGACGCAGACCGCGAGGCUGUUCUAGAAAUUGCCAGCGGAUGUUACCGCCACAUAUCUAAGAUCUUCUCCGAGUUGGCGGAUGUGCUGCCUUUUGAGAUCCUAAGACGCGACAAGGACAAGGCCAACUACCUGCUCACCAGCGAAGCCCGGAUCAUUGCCAUGACAUCAACGCAUGCUGCAAUGAAAAGGGGGGAAAUUGCUUCCCUUGGCUUCCACUACGACAAUGUGAUCAUGGAAGAGGCCGCACAAAUCACUGAGAUCGAGAACUUCAUUCCUUUCGCCAUGCAGAAACCCAAGGAUGGGCAAUCCGGCCUUCAGAGGGUGGUUUUGUGCGGUGACCACUACCAGAACUCGCCUGUCAUCCAGGGACUGGCGUUCCGGCACUACGCAAACCUGGAGCAGUCGCUCUUCUCCCGGCUUGUCCGUCUCGGUGUUCCAACCAUCCACCUUGACCAACAAGGCCGCGCUCGCCCUUCGAUAUCUAGCCUGUACAAAUGGCGGUAUCCCGAGUUGGGCAACCUCCCGCACACCCAAACGCACAAAGAGUUUCUCACCGCCAACGCUGGGUUCCGGUUCGACUAUCAAUUCAUCAACGUUCCCGACUACAAGGGCAAGGGAGAAACAGAACCCUCACCGCAUUUCAUCCAAAACCUCGGCGAGGCAGAGUAUGCCGUGGCCAUUUACCAGUACAUGCGCCUGCUAGGCUAUCCGGCAUCCAAGAUCAGUAUCCUGGCCACUUACGCCGGCCAACGGGCACUCAUCAAAGACGUGCUCGCCCACCGAUGUGCAAAGAACCCCAUAUUCGGCCUGCCCCGCAUCGUCACCACCGUUGACAAGUACCAAGGCGAGCAGAACGACUACAUCAUCCUCUCGCUCACCCGCACCACGCGUGUCGGCUACCUGCGCGACAUCCGCCGCCUGACCGUCGCCCUCUCGCGCGCCCGACUGGGCCUGUACAUCCUCGGCCGGCGCGACGUCUUCGAGGCGUGCUACGAGCUGCGCGACGCCUUCGAGCUGUUGCUGCGCCGGCCUGACAAGCUGACCCUCGUCACCGGCGAGAUGUGGCCCUCCGAGAGGGUCCUGGCUGAUGAGAUUGGGGAUGAGGGGGAGGACGGGGAGGAGGGGGGGGCCAAGGGUGGUCAACCGCUGCUGCUGCAGGGCGAGGCGGUCAUGGAGGGGGUCGAGCACCUCGGGCAGUAUGUCUUUGAGAUGACGAAUACGCGGAUCAAGCAGCUGCGGGAAGAGAGGGGCUUGGCUGGGGACGUGCCCGUGGAGGCGGUCGUGGGGGAGAUUGAGGAGGGGUAUGGGGGGCUGGAGGUGGAGGAGGAGGCUGGUGAGGAGGAGGAUGGAGAGGAAGAGGAGGGCUUGGCGAGGGGUGAAGGGUUUGAGGUGGAGGAAGAAUGA